ACUGCAGAAACACCACACGAUCUGAAAAAACCGACAGAACAUGUCGUCGGAGAAGCAGGAGACGGCGGCGGUGCGCGUGCUGGGCAGGUGGCCGAGCCCGUUCGUAAUCCGGGUGCUGAUAGCUCUUGGGCUCAAGGGCGUGGACCACGAGCUCGUGGAGGAGGAGGCGGGCAACAAGAGCGAGCUGCUGCUCGCCUCCAACCCUGUGCACAAGAAGAUCCCCGUGCUCCUGCACCACGGCAGGCCCGUCUCCGAGUCCCUCAUCAUCGUCCAGUACGUCGACGAGGCCUGGGCCUCCCAAGCCCCGGCGCUCAUCCCGUCCGACCCCUACGCCCGCGCGGCCGAGCGGUUCUGGGCCCAGUACGUCGACGACAAGGCACUAUUCACAAACGGGUCAGGACAGCUAAUCAGGAGAUGUAGUCUAACUAACUGUCGUCAGCAGGCGCAACUUAGGGUCUCCACACCAAAGCAAGCCCAAAUCCAGGUUUAUUAACUUUCAUUGUAUGAGUUGUAUCUUGGUAGAAAGAACUGUUGUAUUCAUUCCACUGGUAGAAAAAGGGUCAAACGUGAAGCACAUUAGUGCCGGUUUGAAUUUGAGCCGACACUAAUCUGUACAUUAGUGCCGGUUCCAACGGCUA